AUGGGUAGAAAGAACAAUACAAAUGUGUCUGACUUCAUCCUCAUGGGACUGACAGACUCUGAAGAGAUGCAGCUGGUAAUCUUCAGUCUCUUUCUCCUGAUUUACCUGGUGACUGUGCUGGGGAAUGCAGGGAUGAUACUGCUAAUCCGCCUGGAUCUCCAGCUUCACACCCCCAUGUAUUUUUUCCUCAGUCAUCUGUCCUUCCUUGAUCUCAGUUACUCCACAGUCAUUACCCCUAAAACAUUAGAGAACUUACUGACUUCCAACAAGAAUAUUUCAUUUGGGGGUUGUUUCACACAGAUGUAUUUUUUUAUCUCCUCAGUUGUCAAUGAAUGCUUUCUUCUCUCAUCAAUGGCCUAUGACCGCUAUGCAGCUAUCUGCAACCCUCUUCAAUACCCAGUUGUUAUGUCCAGGAUGCUCUGCCGCUCCUUUGUCACUGCAUCCUAUGUGAUUGGAUUUAGUGAGUCUUUUGCCAUUGUGCUUUCCACGAACACCUUGCAUUUCUGCAACUCCAAUGUAAUCCAUCAUUUUUUCUGUGACAUAUCCCCAGUUUUAGUCCUGUCCUGCACCGACACACGUAACAUUGAGAUCAUUGUAUUCAUUCUUGGCAGCUUCAAUGCAGUGGUGCCCAUUAUUACAAUCUCUGUGUCCUAUGUCUCCAUUCUCUCUACUAUCCUCAAGAUCAAGUCCACGUCAGGAAAGAGAAAAGCCUUCUCCACCUGUGCCUCCCACCUCCUGGGAGUCUCCAUCUUCUUCAGUACCAUGACUUUUACUUAUUUAAAGCCAAGUAAGUCCUAUUCCUUGGGAAAGGAACAAGUGUCCUCUGUUUUUUACUCUAUUGUGAUCCCCAUGCUGAACCCACUUAUUUAUAGUCUUAGAAACAAAGAAGUGAAAAAUGCUCUCAUUAGAGUGACGCAGAGGAGAGCGAGCACCAGGCAUUUAGGGUGA